AUGCCCGAAGAGUAGCCAGACCAAGAAGGCGAUCGGUCGCAGCGAACGUCGAACGAAGGAGACAAAAUUCGACGGAGUCAAGCUCGGAUGACUGGUCAAGCGAAACAGAUGUUGAUCAUCUGCCCUUAGAAUCUAAAAGAAAAGAUGAACCAAACAGGGACUGGCAUCAGGAAGUGGAAUCUCUGCGUCGCCACAACGCAUUCUUGACGCAAGAGAGAGAUGCUCAAGAAACCGCAAUCGCGAACCAGAAUAGCCAGCUGCAAGCAGCGCUUGAGGAAGCUGCCACUGCAAAAGAGAAAAUUCAACACGAAAAAUUCAAGCUUCAGGCUCUGAUGGGUGACAUUGAGAAGUUGAAACGAGAGUCGCAACAUUCAGAGACUCAUCUAAUGAGGCAUACUCAGCAACUUGAGGCUGAGCUUGAGCGUUACAGGAUCGACAAUUUGCAGGCAUCAGAAAUCCAAAAGAAUCUUGAAUCAAAAGUGAAGGACCUCAGUGCCGCAAAAGACGCUCUAUCAAAAUACAUGGAUCUCCCUACCGACGAGUUACGCCAAGAAAACAUUCGGCUUGAGGAGGAGCUUCGGACUAGAGUUUUAAAACUCGAUGAACAACAACAGGAACUUGGAAGAUUCCAGAUGAACAAAGAUAUUGCAGAAAAGGCCCUAGUCGAUUUGGAAAACGCCAAAUAUUCGGCUGACCAAGAGCGAACUCAGAUGGAACAACAAAUAGCCGAGUUGCAAGCUAGCACAGCCGAGAUAAGCCGUCAGAAAAACACCCUGCAACAUAAACACGACACUAUGGAAGCAGGAAAGGCUUCACUUAAUCAAGAGAAUAUCAGAUUGAAAGCUUGCGUUGACGAUCUACAAAAUGCCAAGAACAGUCUAAACCACAAAUAUGAUACUAUGAAAGCAGGAAAGCCUUCACUUGAUCAAGAGAUUGUAAACCUGAAAGCUUGCGUUGAAGAUUUACGAAAUGCUGAGGAUAGUCUGCAACAUAGAUACGAUACUAUGAAAGCGGGAAAGGCUUCAGUUGAUCGAGAGAAUAUCGAAUUGAAGGCUUGCGUUGAAGAGCUACGAAAUUCCAAGAACAGUCUCAGUCACGAGAAAGCUCAAAUGGCGAAGGAGAUUGCAAGUCAUCGUCUCGACAAGAGAAAUCUGGAAAAAGCCUUUGAAACACUCAAACACGACUCAAAGGCUAAAUUCGAACAAACAAAGAAUGCCCUUGAAGCCGAAAAGGCCCAUGCCGGACGUGAAAAGACCUCUCUAAGCAACAAGCUAUUGGCGGCAAAUGAUGAAAAUCUCAUGCUCAAAAACAGCCUUCAAACAAUGAAGUCUCAUCAGGCACGCGUUGAUCAUCAAGGCAACGAUUUAAGAUCUAGACUGGAACUUGCAAACAAUAAGAUUCAUUCGCUGGAGCACCAAAACAGUGAACUGUCCAGCAAAAUUGUAUCCCUAAAUGCCAAUCACCAUCAAAAGGAUAGGGCCUUCACAGCGUUACAAGGAAACAAGGCGCGAUUGGACGGUGAGAAACAGUCUUUGUCUGAAAGAGUCGUAACGCUUAACCGCACACUUGAGGCUGUGAAAGCCCAAUCCCAACAAGCCACAGACGCGUUACGGAGAGAAAUGGAAGAACAGCGCCGGCAAUCAGCGGCCAGGGUCAAAGAAGCCGCACGGGCUGUUGGGGGUCAUCACACCCCCCGAACAGUCAUUUUUCAGAAGAUUCUCUCCCAGGCGCGGACCUCUCAGGACAUUUCAGAGAUUCCUGGGGCCAGUCGCUUCAUGGAACUUUGCACAUUGUCCUCACUCACUAACCAGUACCUUGACCUUCCUUUGAGCACUAAGAAUGCUCACAAGCUAGGGAAAAGCAUCCGAGGCAAUGAGAUGGCCAUUGUUGGUUGCAAUGUCUGCCAGCUUCCAAAGCUGACACUCACUAACCAAGCUCCCAGGUUGAGGGUAGAUGAGCUAGGACAGAAAAUGCAGUGCUGUUCCGCGAAAAUAUGUAAAUCAUGCGUUCUUGAAGGAGCUAUUCGGUCACUCCUCCAUGACUACUGGUUUGACUUAGAGAAGAGUGUCUGGGUAAAGUGUCCAUCGGGUAACUGCGACGCGUCCUUCAACAUCAGAGGAAGGGACCAACUCCAGGCCACGCUUCAGAAUCUGGGAGAUCCAAACGUCGCCAAGCAUAUAGCAGCGUAAGUUGCUCACCCUAACCCCAUACAUCUCCUGACCAACGACUAACCUAUUGCUCUAGAUACGAUCGUAUUAAAACCUUAAGAGACGCACUAAAAGGUCUAAGCCCAAAAGGCCUGGACGGUCAGGGUCUCAAAGUCUCCUCAGAAUUAUACUUCCAACUUAUAUCAAUGGGCCGUAUGCACAACAUUGCAGAUCUUCCACCGAAUUCAAUUCUGGCUAGGGAAGAUAUGCCGAGUUUCGAGCCCGCUGAAACAGAAUUGAUAAGCGUCGAGCACCAAGGUGUUACUCUGAAAGUGGCGUUUCUUUUUGGAUUUAUACGCAAGAAAAGAAUUCCCAAAGAGUGUGCUUACUGUGUAGAGAAAAUCUACGAUAUAGAGAUAGAUGUCGGUCGAAUAUGGAACUGGGUUGAGGAUUGCUCCGGUUUCAACGGAGACUGGAUGUGGGAGGUGCUAAAGUUCCCACUGAAACUUGCAACAGAGUGCAAACAUGAUAUCAAUUUCUGUACCAAAUGCCUAGAGAAGCAUCUCAAGGUUCAGCUCAAGGAGUACGGGCGGGCAAAAUGUCAGGAUUUAUCCUGCCCUUUCCCAGAAUGCCGCCGUCUAACGUAUCAAGAGGUCAAGCUAUACGCAAAAUCUAAUACUUUUGCCACGUAA